AGGGACCCUAGUGCAAGUCCUACUCGUUUUCAACCAAAACAAGAAGACAUCAACAAAUCUGCAUCCCUAGAAGCGGACCAACUCCGGCCGCCGGGAUCCAGAUCAGCAUGGAGCCACCCCGGCGAUCCACCGGCGCUACCGCUGCGUCGGAGCUAUCGUCGGCGGCCGGAUCGGACGCCGAGGAGGAGGACAGGUACUGCAGCGCCAACUCCGCCCUCGGCACGCCCAGCUCCCUCGCCACCCUCCUCCCCUCCUCCGACCUCUGGGACCACCACAUGGACAUCCUCCUCCUCGACGACGUCCACCCCGCUGCUGCGGCCGCCGGAUUCCCCAAGAACCACCAGCUCAGCCGCCUUCAGGCGCAGACGCGGCUAGGAACCGGUACUCCUCCGGCCGCCGCGGGAGACGACGCUCUCGCGCAGCAGGACUCGAGUUCUGGUUUCCCAGCUGUUCCUCCGCUCCCGGAUCCUGUGCAGGUGGACAGACUUGAUGACAAUGAUUUAUUUGACGAUAUGGUUCAAGAGAUGGAAGAGAUUCUGCUCAAUUCAGGAGAGCCCCAUGAAAAUGGAACUUUUACAGAUAAUCGCAGGAACAAUUCUCGUCAGGCUCACCAUUUCAGGGAUGGAAGCACUACUGCCUCUACUUCUGGUACAGAUGAUGCCUCUGUAUACCCUCUUCCUCGCUAUCCUUCCAAAAUUGAUUGGGUGGAGGUUGUGGGGGCAAAGCAAAGAACUGGGGAUGUUUCUUUCGGUGAGCGGAUGGUUGGUGUCAAAGAAUACACUGUUUAUUUGUUAAAAGUGAGGAGCGGUGAAGAUCAAUGGGAAAUUGAGCGCCGGUACCGUGAAUUUUAUGCACUUUAUCGCCAACUUAAGGACUUCUUUUAUGAGAAAGGUUUGACUCUUCCCCCCACAUGGGAAAAUGUUGAAAGAGAGUCAAAUAAAAUAUUUGGCAAUGCAUCCCCAGAUGUUGUCAGUGAGAGAAGUGAUCUUAUUCAGAACUGUUUGUGUUCUUUGUUGGUUUCUAGUUAUCCAUUUGGAGCACCCACCCCUCUGGUUAUUUUUUUGUCACCAGGGAGGCCUGGUUAUGAAUUUAGCUUGUUGAAAACGCUCAUUCCACGAUCUUUGCAAAAGCGAAGCAGUGAUUUGCAUUCCAAAGAUUCAGACUGCAAUGGAGGUUCCAAUGAUGAUUCUACCUCAAUGGGCAAGAAAAUAUCUCUUAUUGUGGAGGAUAGGCCUCGGAAGUCGACUAGACAGUUGUUAGAGUUACAACACUACAACUGUGCAGGAUGCCAUAGGCAUUUGGAUGCUGGACGAACAUUGCUGCAAGAACUUGCACAAAAUAUUGGAUGGAACAAGCCUCGGCUUUGUACUUACACUGGCCAAUUGUUUUGUGCUUCAUGUCACACAAAUGACACUGCAGUUCUGCCAGCAAGAGUUUUGCACCACUGGGAUUUUUCUUUAUAUCCAAUUUCCCAGUUAGCGAAAGCAUAUUUGGACUCCAUCUAUGAACAGCCUAUGCUCUGUGUAAGUGCUGUCAAUCCUUUCCUAUUCUCUAAAGUUCCAGCUCUGCUUAGUAUCAUGAGUGUCCGGAAGAAAAUAGCAGCUAUGCUUCCUUGUGUCCAAUGCCCUUUCCGGAACUCCAUACUUAAAGGACUAGGAAUUCGAAGAUACCUUCUUGAUGGGAAUGACUUCUUUGCGCUUCGUGACCUCGUUGAUCUCUCGAAAGGGGCUUUUGCAGCACUUCCAGUUAAGGUGCAGACCAUAUCAAACAGGAUACUUGAACACAUCACCGAGCAAUGCCUUGUGUGCUAUGACUCCGGUGUACCGUGUGCUGCUCGACAAGCUUGUGAUGACCCCCUGUCCCUUAUAUUUCCAUUUCAGGAGGAUGAAGCUACAAAAUGCGAUUUGUGUAGAUCAAUUUUCCAUAAGCAAUGCUUUAGGAAAAUCAGUGUUUGCCCUUGUGGUAAGGCUUCCAGCACAGGCAGGAAGAUUGCGGCGCUUGAGCAAGCUGUACAUGGAGGCACUGGCGUGACAUCAACCGAGUCGAUCCAGCCCCCGUCUUUCUCUUCAUCCUCUGGAUUUUUCUCCGAUAUUCUCUCCAAAGCAAGACCGGAUAAACUCUGGAAGCCGAGAAAUAGCAGUCCUGUAAUCCUUAUGGGUUCUAUGCCAGAUACGUCUAUAUGAGUUCAGUUUUAUGUCUGCUCCAUUAACUGUUGUAUUUUUGCCCCAAACAAAUUUAUACCGCUGUACCUAAGAGAACCAUCCUACCAAAUGUUCUGAAUGUAAUAGAAUGCAAUUAAUUUUGUUGA